AUGGUUAUUAAAACUUUACCCGAUCCUUUAGCAAAGCCAAUGGCUAAUACUCAAUUAUUACUACAACGACAAAGACGCAGUCAUUCGGCUCCAUAUCCAGCUUUUAAUCGAACCGAAAUACCCCAACAACAUCGUUUACCAGAUGCUGCCGAUCUUCGUCGAAUGUGUAUCAUAACCAAAACCGAUUUGAAUCGUAUCUAUGAAAAUUUAGAUCAUCGUCAACGUAGUAAAGAUGCUAUUCAACAAGAAAUAGCUCGAAAAAAAGAGAUAGCUGAACGUUCAGCUCAAGUAACUAAACAUUGGACAAAUACUAUCGCUGGAGCACGUGAACGUAAACUUGAAAUGAAAAAGAUUCGUGAACAAGAAGAAGAAGACAGAAAGAAAUUAUUAGAUAUUGAAGAAGAAAAAUUAGCUGCUGAACGUCGUCGAGAACACAUUGAAAAAGCAAAACAAUUAAAAUAUUACGAAACAGAUCGUGUUCGAACGUUUCAUAGCGCUCUUCUUCAUACAGAAGUUUUAAAAGAACGUGAUCUGCAAAUUGAAAUGAAAAAACGUAUUGAACAAAUGCGUCACACCGAUGAUGAACAAGAACGUCAACGUUAUCAAGUAGCUCAAAAUGAUUAUAUUAGAGCUGAACAAGAAAAAGCUGAGAAAAAAGCAAGAGAUCGAUCUAAUGUAACUCAAUAUCAAAUUGCACAAAUGGAACGAAAACGAAUGCAACAAAUAAAUGAAAAACAAAGAGAUCUCCAAGAAGGUGAAGAAUAUAGACGAUUAGCUGAACAAUAUGCACUUGAACAAAUGGAAAUCGAACGAUUUCGUAAAUUAACACAACACGAUGUGAAAAAUAUGUAUGAUCAAGCACUCGACGACAAAUUCAAGGUUCGACAGAUGGAAAAACAAUUAGAUGAAGAAGAAGAUGAUGAACUUCGUAUAUACGCAGAUGCUAAGAAAAAUAUUGCUCGAUUAAGACGUCAAAAAGAAUUUCAAGCUCAUCAGGAAAAACAAGACGCACGUGAUUAUAUGACUGGCUAUUUGGGCUCGUUACAAAAACGAGCUGAAGCUAAUUUGGACACACAAAUGUUCCGUGCUCGAGCAGAAAGAGAAGCAAAAGAAUUACGUGAAGAACAGGAAAAAUUAGAUAAGCAAAAAAAAAUGAAAGAUUCAAUUAAUAAGUAUCGACAAGAAGCGAUGAAACGACGUGAAGCUGAAAAGGAAAUGGACGAACGUGAUGACGCUGAACUACGGCUAAGAAAAGCAGAAGCUGAUCAAUUGUUUCUUAUAUAUCAACAAGAAAAGGAUAAAAAACGAGAUGAAGAUGCGCAAGCUGUUUCAGAACAUCUUUUGAAACAAGCUCAAGAACGAAAAGAUCGUGAGCGCGCAUUAAAAGCGACUGAAGUCGAUGAAGUUCAACUUGAUAAACAUAUGAGUGAAAUCGAACGACAACAAUUUCAAGAUUAUGCAGGACGUGUUAUUUCAUACAUGGACGAAAAUGGACGUAACACAUAUCCCAUGAAAAAAGUUUACGUUGAAGAAAUGAAACGAUUUGAUCAAUGGAAUCAAGGCUACAGAAAGAAUGAAAGUCGCAGCAGUAACAGUGAGAGAAAACCACGCACUCAAGAGAAAAACACAUUCGAUCAAACCAAGAAGAAUUUAGGAUUUCAAUGGGACAUACCUCAACAAUAA